AGUGAGAAAGAAGAGAGAUAACGACGUCAGCAAUCUUGGAGUUUUGUGUCAGGUGACGUGAGAGGGAUAUGGAUAAAAUGUGGGGUCCAGUUCGUGAAGUUUCGACUUUGUGGGAAAGGCAAAUGGAUGGAUGGGAUGGGAAGAAGAGAGGUGGGAGAAUAUGGAGUUGGAGGGGACACGUAGGAUUGAGAGAAAAUUGGAUUCCUUCAGCUAUAGGCAUUGGUUUCGUUUUGGAUAAGGUUUAGGGGUUUGGAAGUUUGUAUACAAUUUUUUUUGUGGAUAAGGUCUUCAAAUUGGAUUUGUCCUCUUUGAGUUGACUGUAAAAACUUACUCUCAAAGCUAAAGCCUCCUUUUUCUUUUUGUAAUGCUUCUUUUUAAUGAUUCUGAUUGGUUUUAGAUAAGCUGUUAAUUUGAAUAUGGUUAUCAGUUAUUACUUUCUUGGCUAUUAGUGGUUGAGUAAAGCGUGUCUUGUAAC